AUGGACAGACGACGGUUGCUAGGACCGGCAAACGCCAUCACCCCCGCCGUGGGGAUAUCAUCAAACCCUAAGGAUAAUGAGCCAGAAAAAGACGUCACCAUGUCCGAUGCCACCACCGAAGACAAGUUUUUCGUACAAGCGGGCAACAUCGAUAACGCCAACGGGCUGUGCUACAUGGAGGUGGGCGACGGGCUGAUCAUAUUAGCAUGUUCUGUGUAUGGCCCGCGCCCGAUAAAUAACCUGUUCAUCAGUCGAGGCCUGUUCCUGGUGGAGACGAAGUUUAUGCCCCACGUCCCCCAGGGCACCGACGGCGCCCCCAACUUCCUGGAGCUCACUGGCGUCGAGCAGCGGUUGUCGCUGUUUGUCGAGACGAGCUUGUUGCCGCUGGUGCUCCUUAGCAAGUACCCCAAGCUGACGAUCGACGUCUACGUCCAUGUGAUGGCCUGCGACGACCCCAGCAACCUCCACCGGCUUGCGCUGUGGAUGGUGAACUGUGCCCUGGUGGCGCUUGUCGAUGCCGAGAUCGAGGUGAGGGACGUCGUCACCCUGGGCGCCAGCGGCGCCGGCGUCGCCAGUUUCAUGGCGUUGGCCGACGACGGCAUCGUCGGCAUGUGGCUCGACGGCGACGCCAGCGGCGUCACUACUACGUUAGACGCCUGUGCCACCAAGGCCAACGCCAUCCGCGCCAACAUCAAUAGCUACUUGCUUAACCGCACCCCGUAA